AUGUCACUGAUGCAGGACAUGUGGUGUAUAACUGAAGUCGCUGUAUUCAGGGAGCUAUCGAGAUCAACUGCUAUAUCGGCUACAACACUUCGGUCAGCACCACCAACGGACCUACAUAUAUUCAAGUUUGGGGUGGCGCGUAUCGUUACCACUGCGACGUAUAUCGAUAAGCUUUUCAGCGUCAGCCAGGACGUUGCCUUCAUCAAAAUCAAUAGCCCCCUUGCGGCAAAUCUCACGAACAUGUCAUGCCGAUAUAAGCCUUUCACUACCAACGGGCUUAACAUCGGGGUGGUCGCUACCCUGGCGACAAGUCAAUUUCGACCCGUUAUUCUCCAAGCCGCCGACACUGGCAGUGUCAAUUGGACCGUCUUUCACAGUGAUCAAGCCUGCAGCAACGAUAAUGGUUUCAAUGGCAACAGCUGCCAUAGCAAUGAGACUGGCUACAAAGGCGACAAUGGAUACAAUGGCUUUCGCCUGGAGAGCUUUUCGCCGGACGACGCGCCGAUCAGGGACUAUAGCAAGGGUUUUCAAAAGAGUCGCAACGAGGAGAGAUUCCUUGGUGUUUUCAGGUUCUCAAGUUCGUUGCAGCGAGACUUGAAUUGGUCAACUCAACAGUCUCGCCUUUGUCUUGGCGGUAUUGAGGGAGCUGUCGGCUCUGUCGCCGGAGAAGCCCUCUCCACAGUGGCCAGCGCCCAGAGUGCUAUGGCGAAUGGCAACACCUCCAACGCCGUCAAAAGUGCUACCAGCUCUAGAGCUAUCGAAUGUGCUGUUCAGACUGAAGCAUCUCUCCAAGCCAUGGUGGUUCGCAUAAAUCAGGAGGGCGGUGGUCUUCAGAGGGUGGUGGUCUUCACAGGGUGGUAUCGAAACACUGGCGGCGAUACCGAGUACACACUCGAUCCCCCCCUUCCCGGUAGCCAAGAGCACGCCACUCGAGUUGUCAUCAGGCGUGUUGCUAUUGCUAAGGCCGCUCUUGAGACUCUAAUGACGCUCCCCAGGAAGAUGCCGGACCGACUCCGCACUAAGGCCUCCUCUCACUGCGGUGGCGAAGAAGGCUUCUACGACGUGAUCAAGUCCGGCGUUCAGAAGACUGGACCUGCUGUUCUGUACGUUGCAAAGAAGGCGGGGCACACCGUCAUUCUUGUCAUUGUCGUUGAGCUCUCCGAGAAAUUCAAGGGUGCAGUCGGCGCGGAGAGCAGCGCAAUUCCCUACAAUUAA